UUUGCCUGUCCCUCCCUCGCUCCCUUCCCCGACAGCUUCGGCCGCCCCAACAGGACGUGGCGGGUGCGCGGGUCGCCCGGCCAGGUUCAUGAACGGCAUUUUGGGCAGGACAUUCGGUGCUAGGAACUGAGAGCCAGUUUGCUGAAUUAUUAUCCCAGUCAUUCGGGAUUGCUGUGCGUUUCUGGGAAGGUCCUCCCAAGUGCUAGCCCAGGUGGAGGCACACCUGGAAGCCAUUUUCAAGAACUUCUGCCACAGGUGUAAAAGACUCCAGCCCUGCAAAGAUGCUGAAACAGAUACUGUCGGAGAUGUACAUAGAUCCUGAUCUGCUGGCAGAGCUCAGCGAAGAACAGAAACAGAUCCUGUUCUUCAAGAUGAGGGAGGAACAGAUCCGCCGAUGGAAAGAAAGAGAAGCAGCAAUGGAAAAAAAGGAGUCCUUGCCAGUGAAAUCCAGACCAAAGAAAGAGAACAGCAAAUCUGUUCAUUGGAAGCUGGGAGCCGACAAGGAGGUCUGGGUCUGGGUGAUGGGCGAACACCACCUCGACAAGCCCUACGAUGUCCUCUGUAAUGAGAUUCUUGCUGAGCGGGCCCUGAAAGCACAGCAGGAAGUGGAAGAGCUCAGCAAAGCUCAGUCCAAAGAAUUCACCAAUAGCUUGACCACUAAAUCCCAUUACCGUGAUCUGCCAACACCAGAUACCUGGGAGUCCCAGAACAUCUGUAAGAAAGUGGCAGAAGGGGAGGAACCGGCGCCAGACUCUAGACCAGCACCACCCCUUAAAGAAGAGAAAACUCCAUCACCCUCCAGUUCCUCAAGAAAUAUUCAACAAAUGUUGGCAGAUUCUAUCAAUCGUAUGAAGGCAUAUGGAUUUCACCAGAAGAAAGAAUCCUCGAAGAAAGCACCAGACGAAGAAAUAAAACAACUAGGUGAAGAGAGAACGAAGCAGAUUUAUAAGAGCUGGAAAGAGGAUUCGGAGUGGCAGGCAUCUCUGAGAAAAUCCAAAGCAGCCGAUGAGAAGAGACGCUCCCUGGCUAAACAAGCGCGUGAAGAUUACAAGAGGUUAUCCCAAAAAGCGAGAAGCAGCGAGGGACUGCAGAGCCCCCCAAGUGUUCCACAGAAACCAAAGAGACCCCCUCUUCCACCCAAGCCUAAAUUCCUAAACCCAGCAGAAUACCCCCGAAAGCCUUUUAGAAAUCAGGGAUUGACAAGGACAGAAUCUGGCUCCGCCCAGGAGGACAUCGUCCGAUGGUUUAAGGAGGAGCAGCUGCCUCUGCGAGCAGGCUACGAGAAAACAGCCGACACCAUCGCUCCCUGGUUCCACGGAAUUCUCACACUAAAGAGAGCAAAUGAACUUCUGAGCACGUGCAAGCCAGGCAGUUUUCUGGUCCGAGUCAGUGACAGGAUCAAAGGCUACGCCCUGUCCUACCUGUCGGAGGAUGGCUGUAAGCAUUUCCUCAUUGAUGCCUCCACCGACUCCUACAGCUUCCUGGGCGUGGACCAGCUGCAGCACGCCACGCUGGCGGACCUGGUGGGGUAUCACAAGGAGGAACCCAUCACCUCCCUGGGGAAGGAGCUCCUCCUGUACCCCUGUGGCCAGCGGGACCAGACCCCCGACUACCUGGAGCUCUUCGAGUGACAGCCCCAGCGUGGCAUCCUGCGGCCUCCAGCUGGGCUUUCCUCGGGACAGGUGCCGCUGAAAUGGAUGUUGGUGUGUGAAGCCAAAAUGCCCCUGCAACGAAGCCAAUACCGAUCAACUGAAAGUGUCCUAUGGAAACCUCCCUUCUGCACGAAGCUAGCAUCUCACAUUAGGAGGAAGUGCCCUGCGCACGGUAUCCAGGCACUCCGAAAGGGAAGGGAGAUUCCCCAUUUCAGGGACUACCCAACGUGAUGGCCCCAACCCAAUCCUCAUCAUGCAGAUAAGAUAAAGGGAACAAAGACGACAUUGAGACGCCUUUUAGGAAUGAACACGUUCUUUCAAAACCAGUAGCUGGUGGGAACUAUUUCAUGGUAUCUGCACUCUCCCUUUGCAUCAUCUCAGAAGGUCUCAGGGUCCUAUUUAUAUGAAGUUACCUUCUGGCUUUUUAAAAAAAGUCUUUAUUGAUGGCCGAGUAACCCUCUAAACACACUUUACUUAUAGAGCUUGUUGGAGUCAGGAUGUAAGGUAUGUAGCAAAACAAAGUUGGGAAUGUAAAUUGAAUGCAUUUAAAAAAUAUAGGGUGGGAGGCCUACCAUGUACAAAAACACUGUGGACUAGGAGAGUGAGCAGGUAUCUAGGAGAGUGUUUCCUCAUUCGGGACAGCCAGCACCGCGCUGGCCCCGUGCACUUCGGCUCUGCCCAGGAGCGCACCAAGGCUGGAGCGCAUGCGCGUGUAAGGUGCUGCUUGCGGGUGGUGACUGACAGAAUGGAAUAGUGAGAGGUGUGGGCGCUACUUCUUGCAGGUUGAACUGUGCGCCCAAAAAGAUAUGUUGAAGUCCUAGCCCCCAUCCCUGUGAAUGCAACCUUAUUUGGCCAUAGGGUCUUUGCCGAUGGAAUCGAGUUAAGAUGAGCUCAUACCGAAUUAGGGCGGCCCGCAUAAUCGGUGACUGGCAUCCUUACAAGGAAAGAGCGAUUUGGAAACAGAGACACACACAGAGGGAAGGAGGCCGUGAGACGACAAAGCCGAGAUUGGAGAGAUGCAGUUACAAGGCAGCGACGCCAAGGAUCGCUGGGGACCACAAGGAGCUGGGAGAGCGGAGUGGCACGGAACAGCUUCUCCCAGGGCUUUAAAGGGGACGUCGUCCCACCGACACCUUGAUUUCAGACUCUAUGAGAGAAUAAGUUUCUGUUGUUUUAAGCCACUGAGUGUAUGGUAGUUUGUCAUGGCAGCCCUAGAAAACUAAUACAGAAGUUUAUGUAAUUACAGAAACUGAUGUGCAUUACAUACCAUUUGUUGAUACACAGAGCUCCUUCCUUACAAUGAAGGAAAAAAUGGGAGGGGAGAAGGACCUUCCUCUGGCUCUUUUCAGCUCUGGGACAAAGAAUUGCUCAGUCAGGAAUCUUAUGCUCCGCUGCACCCCGGCCCCCACCUCCAGCCUCCAGCCUCAGUAGGCGGAUGGCCUGACUGAGGAGGCUGGGAGCCACAAGAUCACCCUUCGGGGAAGACAGAGAUUUACUCAGACUGUAGGCCUAACUCCAGGAGUCGGCAUUGUUUUAAAGGAAGCAGAACAUGGUAGCAGUUUGUUCCUGCGGUUGUUGGUUGUGUAAAGCAAUCACUGACAGUGUAAAAGGGGCCCUGAAAAGAGGGCAGGGUGCAUGUCUGUGCAUAUGUAUGUAUGAGUGUGCAUGGGUGGAUUUGUGUACUUUAAUGGGGAAGUGUUUAAGCACAGAUAGCUGUUACAUGUUUCUUGAAGUGUUCAGUGUGAUUUCCAUCACCUGAGAGGCACUGUCAGACAAUUGUCUAAGAGAACCUGUCUCUCAGCUUUUGUUUCUGUGACUCAACGGUCACAGCAUUAAAGAACUGCCGAGAGAGCAUGGGGCUAGAGGUCAGCGACUCCCUCUUUUCCCGCCUCUUCCCAUCAUUAGCUUUGUGACCUUGGAUGGGUCCCUUUACCUCUCUGAUCCUCAGUUUUCAUUUCUAAUAAAAUAAAGCAAGGUAUUUGGACUAGGUGAUCUUUGUUAUUUACAUUCAGCAAUGAAAUCUUACGGUUCUAGAAUGAAUAGAAAAAUACCCCGUAGUCACUAACAAUUAUGAAGACACAUAAGAUUCCAGCA